AUGUACUGGCCUCAUGGAGUUCCCCGGGUCUAUGCGGUCAAUGGACCCGACAUACCCUACGUUUUCUCAGACGAAAAUCGCGAACUCGAUACGUCCUCUACACCCGAUAGUACAAGCUCAUUAAACGACACCGAGAAGGAUGAGGCUCAGCAAGGGAUACCGGACACACAGCGCAAUGAGCCAAACAUUGAACCAUCCCCGGACGCGGGCACAUCUAAGUGGGAAGAUGAGACCAUUAAGGGUGUUUGCGUUUCCAGGGCUGGCCAAAUAUUUGCGACCAUGACAGAGUCAUCCGUUGCUCUUUGGCAGACUCGACCUACAGCAGUUGUCGCAGCAGUCACUAGGUCCAAAUUCUCUUUAUCUACAUACGGUCCGAACGUCGAAAUUCUCAUGCACCCAGACUCGUCAAUUCUCGUUGUACAAACUCUUAAUGGAUACCUCCUGACAUACUCGGUCGCGUUAGACACCAUGAAUCAAGUCUACCAGCAGCGAUUCGAUCAAUCUACGCACCAUCGCCGCCAGCAGCUUGCUCGCUUCUCAGCAGUGGAGGAGGCUAAUGUGGUUAGGAAUCUCAGUAUCCGGUUCCGAAUGGCUAUUAAGAUCGAGUCAGGGAUCGUCAAGGCGCUGGCGCUGGACCAAGAACUCGUUGUAGCUACCGUGAAACCUGCAGCCAUACAGUGUAUUCGAUGGACUCCAAACACAGGCGGAACGCAGACUACGUCGGAGCUUUUGAGCCGCAUAUUGGGGAUAUCAAAGAAGAUUUCCAUUGUUGACAUGGUAUAUGACCGUGCAAUGAACCUUUUAAUAUGGAUUACGAGCAGUGGCCAGGCAUUCGCUGUGCAACGAGAAUUCGGGGCACAGGAGGAUUCUGAGCCAGCCAAGAAGCUUUUCAAUGGCCAUUGUUUCCACAAUCCGAAGCAUGACGGCGAAAAGGCAGUGAAGGUGGCAGUCAAUGCUCGCUUUUCAUUGCUAACCCUGAGUUGCAUCAAUGGUGAUGUCUUGGUUUAUACAGCGAAAGAUUAUAUGGGUAACAUUCCCUUCUCCCAGAAGCUCCAGCUGCCAGUGUCGCCAACAACGACUGGUUCUUUGACCUUCAUGAGCUAUUCACCGGAUGGAUAUUGUCUGUUUGCAGGCUAUGAACAUGGCUGGACAACAUGGAGUGUCUUUGGGAAGCCUGGAGGGAAUAGCUUUUCGGCAGAUCCUGCGCUGGCAAAAGCAAACACGGAAGAUUGGCUGACUGGUGUUUCUAAUGGUUGUUGGAUCGGUGGAGGCUCAGACAUAAUUCUCUCUGGGCAGAAUGAUCGCCGCUUGUGGAUUUUAGAGACAGCUCGCAGUGCUUUAACUGGUUGCUUUUCUUCUGCAAACUUGGCCCGAGGUCUACUGCAGACCGGAACCGAAUUCAUCCUCUAUCGUGGUCAUGACAUGCCAGAUCUUAUGACAAUUUCUGGGAAGGAUUCACUGUGGCACCAUGCCCAGUAUCCUCCGGCAUAUCUUCAUUCACAAUGGCCAAUCAAAUCCUGCGUCGUAUCCCAAGAUGGACGAUAUGUUGCAAUCGCAGGUCGGCGCGGCCUCGCACAUUACAGCGUGAACAGUGGUAGAUGGAAGGUCUUUGAAGACUCCAAUGCCGAGAACUCAUUUGCCGUCCGAGGAGGGAUGUGCUGGUAUGGCCACAUACUGAUUGCAGCGGUUGAGAGCGACGGCUCAUAUGAGGUGCGCCUUUAUUCGCGAGAAGCUUCUCUCGGCAACGGCAGCAACUCUAUAAUGUUCACUGAAUACCUCCCCUCGCCAGUGGUGUUCAUUGGCCCAUCGGGAGAAGACUCCCUUUUGGUCUACACAUUCGACAACAUUCUUUAUCACUAUGUCAUCAAUACAACACAAUCUCAGAUCACUCUUGUUCCCGUUGGACAAAUCGCCUUCAACGGGAUUGUUCGAGCGCCAUCCCGUGUUCGAGCGAUUAGCUGGGUUUUGCCCGAAGAACAAAUGCGAAACGGCGAUCCUUCUCAAGAUGUGAAAGUUGCAUCGGUGCUUCUCCUUGUGGAUGGCAAUUUGGUUCUGCUGCAGCCUGUGGUGUCUGAGACGGGUGGAUUGAAAUAUGACAUGCGUGUAGUCUCUCAUGAUGUGGAAUAUUAUAUUCUGAUGCGCGACCAGCUUUCAUUCAACUUUGCUCCACAGGUCGACGAGUCUUUGCCCCCCAGUCCUUCGGUGGGAAUGACGCUUGAGCCCUCUUUCGACAGUCUGUCUCUAAGGGACUCCCUUUGGAUGUUCCGAGGCAAGGACCUGCUAGCUUGGAAUGAUGUACAGGAUGUUUUACAGCAAGAAACGGUACCGGAUCCACUUCACAUUCCCUUGGAUUUCUAUCCGCUCUCUGUGUUGUUAAACAAAGGUAUUGUACUCGGAGUUGAGUCCGAGAUGAUGCAACGACGUGAUGUGACAUUCACUGUUUUGAAGUUCGCUAUACGAACCCACCUUUUCCUGCCGUACUUUUUACAGUAUGGUCUUACAACUUUUGGAGCACCGGCUGCUUUGUCGCUAUGCCGCCACUUCUCUCAUCUGUCGUACUUCGCUCAUGGACUGGAAAUUCUGCUUCAUCACGUCCUGGAUGACGAAGUAGACAAUGAGAGCAAGGCCAGCAAAUCCGAGAACCCAGCCGAACGCGACGAGCCACUGCUCCCAACGGUUAUUUCUUUCCUCCAAGCAUCCCUCCCCAUCAGGGAAUAUUUGGAUAUUGUCGUGCAAUGCACACGCAAAACAGAACUGCGAUCAUGGCGUACACUGUUCGCCUAUCUACCUCCACCAAAAGAUCUCUUCGAACAAGCCUUGAGACUUGACUCGCUCAAAACCGCAGUUGGAUAUCUUCUUGUAUUACAAGCCUUUGAAGAUGAAGAGCAAGGUCAUGAUGGCCGUAUCGAAGAAUAUGUCGUUCGUUUGAUCGGCUUGGCUUCGCAAAAAGGGGACUGGGAGUUAUGUGCUGAGCUGGCCCGCUUCCUCAUAGCUCUAGAUUCCUCGGGUGAGAUGCUUCGACGCGCAAUCACCCGAGUUGGCCUCCGUCCGAUCUCCACGUCCCCUGUAAAUGGUCAGCGUCCUGGACCGGCCCCACGAUCUGGAUCUGCAGGAGUGAAAGGGCUGGGCUUGAACCUCCCGAUUCGAUCUCCAUCGUGGUCCUCUCUAUCUCCCACGUCGCCGAUCUCACCCCUUCAAACUGGGCGGGAUGGCGAGGUGUCCGAUGAGAACCCCUAUUCAGCGGAUGAUAGGGAUAAUUGA